UCAGUUUCAGUUGUUCAGUCAGUGUUAAUGUUUACUGUUUGUUUAGUCGUUGUUUAGUUCAUAAAACCAUAGUAAAACUAACAACUCUGUGGUUGAAUUUUGAAUGUGAGAGAAGUUAUUGAGUUGAAUUAAAUCGUCAGUUUUCAUGAAAUUUGCGUACAACUUUGUCAAGAAAGUUUAAGUUUGCUUCACACGUUGAUUUGGAGAUCGUAAAAGUUUUACCGAUGUUGCUCCUAAGAAGUUAUUAGUGAACACUCUUAAUUAAGGUCUUCCCAAUAUGCAGAAUUGGACUACUUUCAUGCUAUAACCACCGACAAUUAUCUACUCAAUCAAAACCCAGGGAUAAUCCAUUCAUCAUGAAGCUAGAUAGUGUGGAAUUCCAGUCUCUAUUUACUGUAGAGCUAAUGACACUGGCAACUAUUUUCAAAAAUCACAACUAUGAACUGAGGAUUGCUGGUGGAGCUGUUCGGGAUUUGUUAAUGCAUAAGAAGCCCAAAGAUUUAGAUUUUGCAACCACUGCAACUCCAGAUGAAAUGAAACAAAUGUUUGAGAAAGAGGGUGUAAGGAUGAUAAACAAUAAAGGUGAAAAACAUGGAACAAUAACGCCUAGAAUCAACAACAAAGAAAAUUUUGAGGUAACAACUUUGCGAAUAGAUAGGGAAACAGACGGGCGUCAUGCUGAAGUGGAAUUUACCAAAGACUGGAAACUAGAUGCUAAUAGAAGAGAUCUCACAAUAAACUCAAUGUUUCUAGGUUUGGAUGGUACCUUGUAUGACUACUUCCAUGGCUAUGAUGACCUUAUGAAAAGAAGGGUGGUGUUUGUUGGUGAUGCUACGAAAAGAAUCCAAGAAGACUAUUUGAGAAUUCUUAGAUAUUUCAGGUUUUAUGGAAGGAUCGCAGAAGAGCCAUCAAACCAUGAUGUGGACACUAUAGAUGCCAUCAAGGAGAAUGCUGCCGGUUUAGCACAGAUAUCAGGAGAGAGGAUAUGGAUGGAACUGAACAAGAUUCUCUCUGGCAACUUCUGGGGUGAACUUAUGUUGCUGAUUCUUGAUUGCGGGCUUGGACCUCAUAUUGGAAUGCCUAAAGAAUCUGAUGUUGGAACAUUUGCCGAGUUUUACCGCGAGACAAAAAACGUUCCUCUUCACCCAGUAACAAGAGUUUCUCCCUUAUUCAAAAGUGAAGAUGAGUUUGCUGAACUCCAUGAAAGACUCAAGAUGUCAGCUUUCGAAAGAGAUUUAGGUUUCUUUGUCGUUAAUCAUAGAAAUGACUCAGUAAAUUUAAGGUGGUGUAAGUACAACACUAUAAUGCUUCAAACAAAACACAAGUUGUCACAUCUGCAGGAUUGGAUUCAAGAGAUGAUCAAGUACAAGCGUGAGACGGCUGUGCUGCAUGAGUAUGUCAAGUGGAAUGUGCCCAAGUUUCCUGUCAAUGGUGGCAUGUUGCAGGAGAGAGGAAUACCAAUGGACCGUAACACAAACCACAUUAUCAACAAAUUGAAAGAGUUCUGGGUUGAAAAUGACUGUGCCAUUGAUUCUGAAAAGAUCCUAGAACAUGUUCCAGUGGUUUUGGAAGAAAUUAAGAACUCACCUCCAAAUACAUCACCAAAGUUCAAUCGAAAGAAGAAAAAGAAUGUCUAAAUAAAGUUUGUUUCUAUCAAAGCA